ACCUGGAUAAACCUACACAUCCAAAACCUCCCCUCAAGACUUACUUCCCAAAUGUCACUACUUCAGUCACCCAUCCUUGAGAUGCCCAAAUGUGUCUCCGUGUGGGGCCGGCCGGUGAGACAACGCUUCCCAGAAUUCCCUGCGAGCCAGCGCGAUCGGCACCCAGAAACUACAACUCCCAGGGUUCUGCGCGCUCCCGAGGAGGGGGGCGGAGCUUUCUGGCGGCGACUCCCGCGAAGAGCAGAUGGCAGAGCCCUCAGGGUCUCGGCGCCGCUCGCUGUACAAACUGGUGGGCUCGCCGCCUUGGAAAGAGGCUUUUCGGCAGGGAUGCCUGGAGAGAAUGAGAAACAGCCGGGACAGGCUCCUGAACAAAUACCGCCAGGCUGGAGGCCAUCUACCAGGGGGAGCUCAGAACACCCUUCUAGUGCAAGAGGUGAUGGAGGAAGAGUGGCAUGCUUUGCAGUCAGUGAAGAGCUCUCCAGAGGCCUUGGCUCAGUUGGAGGGGCCGAUGGACCUGACUGUGCUGGAGGAAAUCCAACAGGAGCUGAUUGACCAAGAACAGUCCCUCAUCAGUGAAUAUGAGAAGAGCUUGCAGUUUGAUGAAAAGUGUCUCAGCAUCAUACUGGCUGAGUGGGAAGCAAACUCCCUCAUCUGUCCUGUGUGUACAAAGUACAACCUGAGAAUUACAAGCGGUGUGGUCAUGUGUCAAUGUGGCCUGUACGUCCCGACUCAUUCCCCGGAGUUGACAGAGCAGAAGCUCCGUGCCUGUUUAGAGGACAGUGUGAAUGAGCACAGUGCACACUGUCCCCACACACCUGAAUUUUCAGUCACUGAAGAGACAGAAGAAAAGUCCAGUCUUCUCAUGAGCUGUCUGGCUUGUGAUACGUGGGCUGUGAUCCUCUAGACCUGGCCUCAACUCACAUCAUCCUCCUGGGCUGGAAACAACUCCUUCCAUCUGGGAAGGCACCUUGUAAAUACAAACCUUUUAUUUAUAACUUAUUUUGUAUUAAAUCUUUUCAAACGUC